CACACUGUCUCUGUCACUCAAAAUCUCACUUCCCACUUCUUCUCCCACUGAGUGAGAACAACCGACUCCGUUCCACCGACUCACUGAGUCGCUCACUCGGAAUCGAAAGCUCUCGGCUUUCCCGCCAAAUUCCUGCGCUGCAUUCCCACCGACGCUUACUCAGACGAGGAAAAUUGAUUUUUCCGAGAGAUUAUGACGAAAAUCAAUAGGGAGCAUCCAGAGGAUGCCGGUAUCGGUUCACACGAGAAAAUGGGCUUCCUUUUUCAAGCAUUAUAUGAAGCUGAAUACUGUUCAGAUUCCCCCUUUCCGAAGCCAAGCUCAAUUCACUGGAGAACCACUGGUCCAACAAGACGGUCAGCAAAAAGCUGGACAGCGGAAGAGGAUAAUCUUCUUGGAGAGUUAGUCACAAAGUUCAACAGGAGCAGUUGGAAGAAAAUAGCUGCAUGUCUCCCCGGGCGCACAGAUAUUCAGUGCCUGCAACGCUGGAAAAAGGUUUUAAAUCCAGAAGUCGUCAAGGGAGCCUGGACAAAGGAGGAAGAUGAAUGCAUUAUCAAGCAAGUCGAAAAGCAUGGUGCCAAAAGAUGGUCUGUUAUAGCUAAGUUCCUACCAGGUCGAAUAGGCAAACAAUGCCGAGAAAGGUGGCACAAUCACUUAUGCCCGGCAAUUAAUAGGGAUGCAUGGACAAAAGACGAGGAGCAGAUUAUUGCUUACUACCAUCAGUUGUACGGUAACAAGUGGGCAGAAAUAGCAAGAUUUCUACCCGGGAGGACCGACAAUGCAAUUAAAAAUUUCUGGAAUUGCACGUUGAAGAGGAAAUUCGAUUCAUACUCACCUAAUGGCUGUGAAGUGGAUAUGCAAUCUGAUGUCUUAAGUGGUGAGGCAAGAACAGAUCGUCUCGAGGUUGAAGAAGAUGGACAGAUUUCUGACUGUGUGGUCUCACUCAAUCAGCUAACGGAAACGGAGAUUAGUGACAAUGCUUGCUCUACUGAGUUGACUCUUGGAUUUUCUCACAGUCAUGACAUUUGUUCAGAAUGGAAAUCUGUCAAAGUGCAGAAGCGCAGGUCUACGGAGGGACGAGCAAGCAGUUUAAUAAAUCCACAAAUUGCCACUCCAUUUGCUUUCAUGGACGCAUCCACUUGUACCAAAUCGAACUGCAUUCCUCCUACUAGGCCACCUUGCUAUUCGACUCCCCAAAGCCUUGCGCAGAACACCUCUGUUAGCAGUGGCAGUCCGGGGUCUAGACUGAAGAACUUAGCAUUGAGUUUCAAAAACACUCCUUCCAUCAUAAGAAAGAAAAGCUCCAGAAGGACUGAUCCUAGUAACUUCCCUGAUGUCAACAGCUCAAAGGCAUGCUCCACGUUGAGUAGUACUAGUGGCGGAGAAGGUACCAACAGCAAAGACUUUGCAAACGGGAAGUUUGGUUCAUUUUCUUUCCGUCAUAGGCCUCAAACUUCAGCGGCUGUUAAAUCUCUAGGACGGCGCCUAGAACGCGAAUUCGAUGCAGAAAAGGAUUCGGGUAGUGAUCAAUGUGGCCAUGCACUCUCUGCAUAUGCGUCUCCAGAUGUCGGUUUUGGUGCAUAACCUGUUUUUUAUUCUACUCGUAUGUAAAGGGAAUUGGUCAAAGUGUAGUCAUUGCAGACCUUUUAACAGGUUAUCUGCAAUUUCCAUUGCCCAAAAUGAAGGAAUCAAAUCCUUUUCUUUCACC